AUGAUUGGAAAGGUCCUGAUUCUUGCAGCUCUCAGCGUAGUUGCCUAUGCUAGUCAUCAUGAGGAGCACCGUCAUCACCAUCCACAGCCCUACAAAUUUGGGUACGAAAUCAAAGACCACCAUGGAUCUCAACAUAGACACGAACACGGUGACGGCCAUGGACACGUUCAAGGAAGCUAUGGCUUCACUGACCACAGAGGUAUCCACAGAGAAGUCCACUACGUAGCUGACAAGCAGGGAUUCAGAGCCACUGUGAAGACCAACGAGCCAGGAACUGCCAAUCAGGAUCCUGCUCACGUUAAGCUUCAUUCUGAUGCUCAUCAUGUUCAUCAUCAUCAUGAGCCUCAUCAUCACAAGGAGCACCAUCAUCACGGUAAUCAACAUCAUGGGCAUGCUCAAGUGUAUCAUCACCAACAUCAUCAGGGCCAUGUUCAGCACCAUGGACGCCACCAUGGUUAA